CCCCGGGCGCCACGCACGUGCGCCGUGACGUCACGCCUGUUUUCACCCGGAAAACCCAAUUACAGAGAAAGUGCGCGUCUCUCGAGGACACGUGCCCUUCCCCAGCUGCGUUUCCCCGCUGAGCACGGUGCCCCGCCCCCUCCGAGCCCCGCCCCCACGCCGGGCUCCGCGCUCGUGGAGGCGGCCUCCCCCUAGGAUCCCCCUGGCGACCUCGCGGUGCUGCGCGUCCCGGCUCCGAACUCCCGAGAAGCCCGGCGCGCAGCCGAACCUCGGCCUUCGACGGGGCCUGCGUCACCGAGGUCACAGCGCCCACCUGCCAGGUUCUCUAAGUUGCACAGGCUGGCCUCAGACUUGAUCUCCUGCCUCACCCUCUCCAGUAACUGGGAUUGCAAGGAUGCCGGAAGGGCCAUCUGUGAGGAAGUUCCACCAUCUGGCUUCUGCCUUUGUGGGCCAGCAGGUGGUCAAGACAGGGGGCAGCAGUAAAAAGCUGUGUCCUGCCACCCUGCAGUUCCUGUGGCUUCAGGAUACACAGGUGAGUUCAGCAUCCUUGGUAUGUGGGCUUCUCUCCCCUACAAUAUCAGUGCCGCCCUUGGAAUUUGUCCCAGCAAGUCACGUACUGCCGGCAGAGCUGCUCUCCAGGGGCCCUGGUGGCCCUGAUGGCCUAACGGGCAACAGCCCUGCAGCCGGGGCCCAGCGGUGGCUGCAGGUCAGCUUCGGUUUGUUUGGUAGCAUCUGGGUGAACGAGUUCUCCAGAGCAAAGAAAGCCAACAAGAGAGGAGACUGGCGGGACCCGGCACCCAGGCUGGUCCUGCACUUUGAUGGCGGUGGAUUCCUGGCCUUUUAUAAUUGCCAGAUGGCAUGGAGCCCCACUGCAGUGGCUGAGCCGUGCCGUGACAUCUUGUCGGAAGAAGCAGCGAGUGAGGCCAGUAUGAAAUGUCGGCAUGGUGGCAUGCAGCUGGAGUGCUCCAGUUCGUCAUUCAUUUCCUCACAACCGCCUUCGAGGCCCCUUCCCAGAGUAUCAGCUCAGAUCCUGCUGCCUUGCCCUGAUGUGCUCUGCCCAGGAGCCUGGCAGGUGACAGAGUUGGGGUCUCCCUGGCACCCUCCUGUGCCAUUUGGCCAACCCCAGUUUGCUGUUAACUUUUCGGUGGUUUGUUACACUAAGUGCACACUUGGCCUUCUCUCUCCCUCUCCUGGCUUUGUUUCAGGGAACAUCAUUAAGAACGAAGCUUUGUACAGAGCCAGGAUCCAUCCCCUCUCCCUCGGCUCACUCCUGAGUCCCUCAUGUCUGGAGACCCUCGUUGCUGAAUCAGUCUCCAUCACUGACCCCUACAACAUAGAAGAGAGGUUGAUUUUGGCUCAGGGUUUCAAUGGGCCCGGUCCCUGA